AUGGGCAGUGUUGGCAGUGGGGUGGCAGGAGAGCAGGAGUUUGCCAUGAAGUCUGUGGGCACGAGGACCACCCUUCCCCGGGCCCCUCCUCUCUCUCGCCGUUGCCCUGCCGACCGCAGCUGCAGCGCAGAGCGACUGCCCCGCCCCCCGGCGACUAUAUCAGACGGGACGGCUUCUAGCGAUGAACGAGGGAGUGUUAGUAUCGGGACUGGGACCUGUACCGGGACUGACCGGCCCACCGAAACAGCCUCCUCUACCAACACUGAAUGUACCAUGACCGCCCCGUCCAACAACAACCAGUUGGAGUGUGGCAACGGCAGGCGGGAGAGAGAGUGGGAGAGGGAGAGGGAGAGGCAGCGUGAGCGGGGCAGAGACAGGGACCGGGACCGAGACUGGGACAGAGAGAGGUUAGAGAGGGAGCGAGAAAGGGAG